UCUUAUCCAUUAGAGAAAAAAAACCCUGCGAGGCAUGGAGUUGACCGGCAAGAUCCUUAGCAUUGUCGUCCCUCCUUUGUUUUUUAUUUUACUUUUUUUGUUAUCACCAUUGUUAAUCCUCUUCAAGCUCCUCCACCUCGUACGGAGAUAUUUCAACGCCGAGAAUGUCGCCGGAAAAGUUAUCCUCGUCACCGGAGCUUCCUCCGGCAUCGGCGAGCAUAUCGCGUACGAGUACGCGCGUAGAGGAGCGCGUCUGGCAUUGGUUGCUCGGAGGGAGGAUCGUCUCCGGGCGGUGGCUGAAAAAUCCCGGCGGUUAGGUUCGCCGGACGUCGUUGUCAUAAGCGGCGACGUUUCUAAUGUUGAAGAUUGUAAGCGUUUCGUCCAAGAAACGAUCAAUCAUUUUGGUCGACUGGAUCAUCUGGUGAACAAUGCCGGAAUUUCAGAACUGAAGGCAUUCGAAGAUUACUCUUGCAUCACUGAUGCUUCUCGUGUUAUGAACAUUAACUUUUGGGGAUCGGUAUACGUCACGCAUUUUGCGGUACCCUACCUAAAGAGGAGUAGAGGGAAGAUCAUUGCCAUAUCCUCCGUCUCAGUGUGGCUUUCACCUCCGUAUUUGAGCUUCUAUGUUGCAGCAAAGGCAGCGAUGAUAAACUUCUACGAGGCGCUAAGGGUCGAACUCGGACGUGAAAUCACAGUGACAGUCGUCAAUCCUGGGCUCAUCCAGACAGAUAUGGUGACUCCUGAAAUGGUUGCCGCUGAAGGGUGGGCAUGGCUGCCAUUGACGUCGGCGAGGAGCUGUGCGAGAGGAAUAGUCGAGGGAGUUUGCCGGCGGGAGAGAUUCGUGACGGAGCCGAAGUGGUACGCUGUCUCGUUCUGGUUGAUGGCUCUUUGCCCUGAGCUGACGGAAUGGUACGGCCGUUUGAACAUGAACCCUAGUCCAAAACGUUACUAGAAAAAAAAGAAAAAAAAGAAAUGCCCGUUUGGAUUUUGAUUUGAUUUAUGGUUCAAUUUUCUUCUCGUGAUUUCUCUUUUUGUACCAUCACAUCAAAAUCAUGGGUCAUUAUUAAUGACGAAAAUAAUGAAUGACAGAUCGUUGAUGCAGACUAAAAUGAUAGUAUUUAAUAUGGUGA